UCAUACUACAGAGAGUGACAACUGUGCUCCUCCUCCUCACUCUCACUCACUCACUUGGUGUACAUCAUAAAACCAUCAUGACCCCAGCAGCCAUUACCGACGCCCCGAUGGACUUGUCAAUGAAAACACGACGUAAGUUGCGCCUGGAAGAGUUCCUUCGUCAGAAUCUGGACCAGGCUCCUGCAGGACGGGUCAUCCAAUGGGUUGACCGGGACAGAGGGAUCUUUAGGAUACUGUGGACCCAUCAGAGCUCAGGAGCCUUCACUCAAGAGGAUGCAGCUCUCUUCCGCUACUGGGCUCUUGCUAGAGGUAAACCAGCCAGCCUCUCCUCAGUAGAGCUAAAACAAAGCCUGAGAAUGGCACUCAAUAAAUCCCCUUCCGUAGAGAGACUAUCAGCCACCCACGACGAAUACCGCUACUUCAAAUUUACAGAGUGGGGAAGCAGACGAUCAUCAGGCACUAAGCGGCCAAGGUCCCCAGAGGACGUCAGGAAGAAGAGUUCAACAUGUAACAAACCUCCUCCCCUCCUCCCCAUUACCAGCUACACGGGGGAGGAGUCCUCACGUCCUGCAGGGUGGAAGGCCGACUGUUCACUCUUCCUACAGCAGAGUGAAGGAUUCCAAGUACCUACUGGCAAAGAAUCUCAGGCAGGACUGACGGGUCUCCACCAUAGGUCCUCCCCCAUGUUCCAGUGGCUGGGGAGUGACCACCUAACGGGAGGAGGCGUAAGAGAACCCAUCCUUAGGGAACAGAUGCUGGGAAAACAACUGCUAGGAGAACAACUGUUGGCCAGGCAGUUGAGGGGAGAGCAACUGUCUACAGAAAGGCAGUUGAGUGAGCUGUCUACUCGUGAACACUUCCUGGAGAAAAAGUUUAACAGGGGCUACGUGUCUGAAGAGCAGCUCCCAGGAGACCGUUCACUAGGAAAUUUAAUGAUUGGAGAACAUUUGGGUUAUUUUCCAAAGACUCACUCGCCUCAGGCUUAUAUAGAGACUAGAGAGGCUCUCCACUCAGUGCCUUCUUUCAGAGACUCAUAUUCAAGACUCGACAGUGAAAAUUUCUUGAGUCUUUACAGUGACGCGUGUGGUUAUCCUCAGCUGGUGCCUCACUAUGACCAUACAGCAACCAGUUCUUCUUACCACAGUGUAUAUGAGAGUCUUCCUACAGCCAAAGAUUAUUACAAAGACGUCAGACAUCUGUACUCUGAUGUUAGAUAUCCAAAUGAAACUUUAUAGGGUGUUAGAAAAUAAACUCAUCUUUUGUAGUUUAUUAACUAAUUCAGAAAAAAAACGUUGAUUUGUGUUACAGUGACUUACUCAUAGAAACAUAGUGUUUUUUUUAUAUAAUACAAGUCAAGAUUCAGUGUGUUGGAGGUUCAUAUGGUGAGAAUUCCACGUGCCUGAAGCUGUAAAAAUAUCCUUAACUAAUUGAUUUCAGUGAAUUUAAAAUAUAAUAGCAUCAUUGUUCUGAGUUUCUACCUUAACUAGAUACAUUAACUUUACACCAGAUAAAGUUAAGGUAUAGUUACCCUCUUCCAUAACAUAACCUGUAUAUAAAAUGUGUUCCCAGACUUGUGUUUAAUGAACGUACAGUAUCCAGUUAAGGAAGACUCAGUAUAAUGAUGGUGUACUUUAUUAUGUCAACCAGUUAGAUGCAUUCUUGAAUCUUUCUCAUUAGGGAAACUCGAAGUGAUUUUUGCAUGUUAUGCGUCUCAGUAACAAGGAAGAUUCACCUUGAGAACAACAGUGACUUUACACCCGGACAACACAACAGAGACAAUAAAAGAAUGAGUGCAAUAGUGAAUAGCUUUAAGACUAUUUAUUUACCGAGUCACUUAACAAUAAGAUGUCUCAGAAAAAUGAAUACACAUUGACUUACAGAUGUUCGUCAAGAUGUUUGUGGGAAACUUUGCACAUCGAUAAGUGAGAAAGGUGAAGACAAUGUUGCUGUUAUAAUAAGAACAUUCACACGAUCCCACGUACGUAUAUCUGUAAGGCAGUGUGUAUAAUUUUCAUUACGCCAUGUAUGUGUGUGUAUAGGUAUAUAUAUAAUUGAAUUUCUCUUAUUUGUUCAAGACCAAAAAAAGACUUACACAUUUUGUGCUUGUGAUUGUUAUUUUGUGUUCUUUAAUUUAUUGCAAAAGAAGACAAAGUAUAACCCUUUGAUGUUUAUACUUUUCAUAUGUGAAGUAAAAUCGCAUUUUUCAUUUA